AUGGACCAAGCGCUGCAUCUCUGGCGCUAUGUAGGCGGUUUUGAGAAAAUUGACAAGGCAAAAAUUUUAUUUAAGGAAAAUCCAGAGUACCGGGCAUUGGAAAAAGAGCGGGGCAACUUUGUACGUUCCAGACAUUUGCAGUACCUACUGGCCUUUAGCUUCUGGCCUAAUGGUGAACCACGCGAACCUAACAAUAUUUACGAGAUAAGAUCAUACAGUCUAAAGCCUGGAACUAUGAUCGAGUGGGGCAAUAACUGGGCACGGGGUCUAACUUACCGUCGCUCGCAGAACGAAGCUUUCGCCGGUUACUUCUCGCAGAUUGGUCGUCUCUAUAACGUGCAUCAUAUUUGGUGCUACAAAAAUCUACAAGCCCGCCGGGAGACCCGCGAGAGCACGUGGCGUAAUCCAGGCUGGGAUGAGUGCGUCGCCUACACUGUGCCGCUAAUUCGCGAGAUGCACUGCCGCAUACUCGAACCCACGGAGUUUUCGCCCACUCAG